AUGAAUACUCCGGCUCCACUAUUCACAGCUCUCCAAGCGCUAUACUCGGAGCUCAAGGAACGACACUCACUGCAAGACGAACUUAAUAGUCUUGUCGGAGACCUCACCUCUAGUCUGAACUCGAGGGAUGAGGACGACGAUGGCGUGCGAGGACCGACCUUGUUGGAGGAUUUGGUGACGAUGCACAGGAACCUGAAGGAACAGGAGAGCAUACGCGUAUAUGUCGGGGUCGUCCAGAGAGCGCUCGUCCUGAGCGAGGCGGUGGUCAAGCAAGCGCGCGAGUCGGCGCCGAUUGGCGUGGGACAAUACAUCGCGCCGCGUCAGUACGCCGAGUCCGUAUCCGGAUUAUGCGCGCAAAUCGGAGAGGCGACGGGUCAACCAGAGACGACACUGCGCCUCGUAACAUUCGUACAGGAGAUCAGAGAUAAGACGUGGGGCGACAUCAAGUCCGCGCUGACUAGCGAGCUAUUGACGGCGGCGGAGAAGAUUGGCUGGCCGAAGCCUGUGGAUUGCAGUGCGGUCCAGGAGGCGGAUAGAGCUGUGUUCGCCAAAGCGUUCCGAAGACUGCUGGAGCUGCAAACGAUCGGACAGCGUGUACAUGACGCGGCCGGUGGCGCGCCUGACUCUGCGCCCGGCCUGUACGCUCUACAAGCCCUCGUGCAACCCGUCGCGCUUAGAUUCAAGUACCACUUCGAAGGCACACGAGCGACGAACAAGCUUGAUAAGCCCGAAUGGUACUUCACUCACAUCCUAAACGUCGCACAUGAGCACCGCGAGUUCAUGGAAGGUGUCGUACAGCUAUUCUUGCAGAGUACGCCGUACAAGGAAGUCGACGCAUGGAGAGAGUUCGCGUUCAACCUGUUACCGCUUUUGCAUCGCCGCAUCAAACGCACCAUGCCAUUGUUGCUCCCGCACCCGCCGCUCCUUGCGCACACGAUCUGCCAAGCGCUAGCAUUCGAUGCGGCCCUGCGCGAAGAAGGGUUCGGCCUGAGCGGCACGUACACGGCUCUAUCGGCUUCUACGCCUGUCGUGGAAGAGUGGAAUGGCGUCAGCGCGACCAUACUCGACAGGAAGGAGUGGCUGGAUCACUGGAUCGAAUCCGAGCGGGACUUUGCGCUGGAGCAGUACAACGAUAUCAUGCUUGCGCCUGAUGCGUGGACGUUCGCGGACGUAUCUGAAACUGAUGCGCCUGCCCAUGCGGGGGAGCUCAAGCCUACCAUUUCCGCACGUCGGCUUACGGCGCUUCUGGCGGGCGCAACAGAUCGUAUGGUGCCGCUCCCCGCCGCGUCGCAGCGUGCGUGGUUCUUGACGGCUGUCCAGCUCCCGCUGCUCGACUCGUAUCGCGUGCGUGUAUCAGCCUCGCUUGACGCGUUUGAGACGCUCAGCCACUCGCUCGUGCGUGCUGUACCCGCAGCAUUGAGUGCAGCCGUGACGAGCGAAUGUCGGGGCGCGGCGCACCUCAUCAGUGGCGUCGAGGGCGCUGGGAGGUUGAUCAAGGCGUUGAUGAGUGCGAUGUGGGUUCGACAGGCUAUGGGGCGGUGGGGUGAAGAGAUCAUCAUGAUCUUCCUCGAGCUAUGUGCCGAUAUGCAUGUCCAAGCUGCGCUGCGCGUACGCGCCGAAGGCAAUCCUCUCCUGCCCAACCCCGCACCGGCAUCGUCGGCGGUUGAUGCUGCGCCCGACGGCACGCUGUUUGAUGUGCUCGUCACAGCAUAUGCUGAGCUCGUGCGUGAAGCGGAGGACAUGCUCGUCCAGCUGGUCACGGCUGAAGUCGAAGGGCUGUUGAAGCAUUACUUCGCCGAGCUGCAUGGAGAUGAUCAGCCCAUGUCAUCAGCUGAUACGCUCAUCAGCCCCGCGUUACUUCCUGGAUUGGCUGUAUUCGGACAACACAUCCAUGCCCUUGCGCAAGCUCUAUGCACGCACAUCCCCCAACGCGCACUCCUCUACCGUCGGCCCGGCCGUGUGCCUGUCGAGCAGGGUAAGCGGCUCCAAGGCGAAAUGGCGCUGUGGGCCGAGACGGCGCGCGGGGCGUUGCCUGCUGGUGUUAGAGCCGAGGCGCCUUGGGCGAGGCUCGUGCAGGCUGGCAGAGUCGUCGGUGCUGAGGGCGAUGUCUGGGAGGGCGUGUUGAGGGUUGCGAGCGGGUUUUACGGGUUGGAUAAUAUGGAGGAGUAUGUGGGUGGGACGGAGUUGAGCGAGGAGGAGGUCGGGAUGAUUGUUGGGGUUCGCGCGGAUUAUGAUGCUUGA